AUGAGAAAAAUAAGGGAUGUUAUCCACCAAAUCAAUCCUUAUGCAGAAUUGUACAAGAACAUCCAUGCAGUUGAACAACGAGAAGAGGAAAGAGCCAGAAGAGUCAAUGUGUCAAUACGGAGAUAUGAGUUCCGCUUCAGGAGAGGGUCCGAUAUCAGGCGCUACAAUUUCCCCACCAGCAAUGAAAUAGCAGUAGUGUUUGUUAGAGAAAACGGUGUCCCUCCUGAAAAUAGAGACAUUAUUGUGUAUCCCAGAGAUGCUCCUUCUGAAAAAAUAUCUUACAUGUCAUGUCACUUGGAUCCUAUGAGCUACCCAAUUCUGUUUUCCCCCGGGGAAUUUGGUUGGCAUUGUGAGAUGCAGCAUAUCGUGGAACGCCGGACACGUCUGCGUAAUCGUCUGACAAUGCAAGAAUACUACAGCUAUCGUCUUGCAUUCAGAGAUGGGUUUAGUGUUAUUCACAGAGCUGGAAAAUUAUUUCAACAAUAUGUUGUGGAUGCAUAUGUCAAGGUUGAAAGUUGUAGGUUGCAAUAUCUUAGGAACAAUCAGACCCAGUUGCGAGUGGAAAGGUACAACGGAUUCAUGGACUAUUUGAACACAGGAGCAGAUGAGAAUAUUGAAUCAGGAGUGCCAGUGAUACUGCCUUCCUCAUUCACAGGCAGUCCAAGGAAUAUGAACCAAUAUUUUCAGGAUGCCAUGUCAAUUGUUUCAAAAUAUACUAAACCAGACUUGUUCAUCACUUACACUUGCAACCUGAAGCGCCCUAAGAUAGUUGAUAACCUACAGCAAAAUAGGCCAGAUUUAGUUGCCCGAGUGUACAAGUCACACCUUGCAGAACGUAUGAGGGACAUAAGGGAUAGACACAUUGUUGGUAGCGUUGAGAAAUGA